AUGUCCGCUGCUACAGGCCAUGACACGGAAUCUCAACCUUCUACCUCUUCCUCUGUAAAAAUGGCACAACCAUGCCGUCAACCUGCACUGGAUUUGAGUCUUGAUGAAGAGCAACAUAAUUUAGCAAGAUGGGCUCAAGAAUCUAUCAAGGAAGGCAAUCUAAAACAUAUAAUUGAUUCUGGUAUAAGGGAUCAAAUCUCCCCGAAAAGUUUGAAAGAGUUUGUUCGAAUUGCUGGGAGAUGUUUGCACAACAAGCAAAAGGAGCGUCCUACAAUGGCUGAGGUUUUGUUCAGUCUUGAGUCUCUAAUGACCAUACAACAGAAAAUGAAUAGUCCGUUGCAACCUUCACACAGAACAAUACUUGGUAGAAUGGUUGACAAGUUGACCUUCACCUCCAACAUAGAGAACUCUGGCAAAAGAAUAUUUGGUAGAACGGCUGUCUCUGUCACAGAGCGCUCAUACCCAUGCCUGAACCAAGUCUUGUCGUUGCUUCCAUUAAGCGGUUGGAUUCCAUGUCAAGUCAAGGGGCAUCAGAGUUUUGGGCGGAAGUUGAACUGCUUUCCAGAUCACCUCCAUAAAUUUGGUACCCAUCUUUCAUGGCUUCAACGUCUCAAGAUCUGCAUAGGUGCAGCUCGUGGCCGCAUGCAGAACAAUGAUUUGUGGAAUACUGGAAUGGUUGAUAACAAAAGAGCUGACCCUCAAAGAAAAGAUAAGAAUGCCAUACUCAGGUAUUUCAAGCUAUCCUAUUGA